UCAUUGCAACAAUUGGCACUACCCGAGCCCGGCCCCAGUAACAUUGAACACCGAAUGUCCGUCAACAGCUGCUGGUGUUUUAAUCGAUCCUAGGCAUGAUAUGCCACUGUACUGUUUAAACUCGCUGUACUGUACGGCAGCGGGUGGGGUUGGAGUCGUUGCUGCGGGUGCAGGGAAGCGCGAGUUCGAUGCGCGUGAUGAACGAUGAGGAUGUUGGAGGGGAAUUGAUGCUUUCAAUCGACAUGGGCAAGAGCUUCGAACAAAUCACCUAUACGGCUGAACAACCAUGAACGAGCUACCUGUGCUUGGCUCGCAUUACGAAGUGUCCUCUGAUCAAGCUGCCGAAAACAGAACGCGAUGGGAAGCACUCCUAUUAGGCUUGGAUGAGAAACUCGAAGGGACAGCCGGUCAGGGUAGCGAAAAUUAUAUCCAGCGUCACUUUCAACGCGGAAUGCUACUGGCAAGAGACAGAAUCCGCUUGUUGCUCGACGCCGAUUCGCCCUUCCUUGAACUUUUGGGCUUCGCUGGUUACGAACUUCGACAUGGAUCUCCUGCUGCUAGCCUUGUCGCCGGGAUUGGGCUUGUGGGCGGCGUGAAGUGCACCAUCACGGCCCAUAUUCCCACGAUCAAUGGAGGUGCCUGGAAUGAGUAUACUGUGAAAAAGCAGGACCGACUUUCUCGAAUUGCCCAAGAGAAUGGGCUGCCCUUGAUUGCGCUGGUGCAAUCCGCUGGAGUAUUUCUCCCUCGUCAAUUUCACAUCUUUCAUCCUGGUGGCCGAUUGUUUCACGACCUUGCCGUGCGCUCCUCACUCGGGACAUCCAGCUGUGCGAUUGUUUUUGGCUCCUCAACCGCUGGAGGUGCAUACCAACCGGCAUUAAGUGAUUAUACCAUUUUCGUUGAGAAGCAAGCCCAGGUAUUCCUGGGUGGUCCUCCUUUGGUUAAGAUGGCGACAGGAGAGGUCGUCUCUGCAGAGGACCUCGGAGGAGCGGAGAUGCAUGCCGGUGUAUCAGGUUUAGGUGAUGGAUUGGCAGCAGACGAGUUUGAAGCGAUUGCGAAAGCACGUACGUGGGUGAGCACCCUUAAACACGACCCGAUCGCUCGAACUUUGCCGAUGAAGUCGUCCGAACCUUUUUACGAUCCUGAGGAGCUCCUUGGUAUCGUUUCUGCUGAUAUCCGGAAGCCAUUCGACAUGCGUGAAGUCGUCGCCCGAAUUGUGGAUGCCUCAAAGAUGGAAGAGUUCAAGCCGUUGUACGGAAAGAACCUUUUGACUGGUUGGGCAAGAAUCCAUGGCUAUACGGUCGGAAUUAUCGGAAAUGUCAACGGCGUGUUGUUCUCCCCGGAGUCCAAGAAAGGUGCCCAAUUCAUCCGCAUGUGUAACAGCACGAAUACGCCUAUCAUUUUCUUGCACAAUGUGACAGGUUUCAUGGUGGGAAAAUCAACCGAGCGGGGUGGUCUUAUCAAGGAUGGAGCUCAGUUCGUUUCUGCUGUCGCUGUCAGCAAGGUCCCGCACAUUGGAGUUAUCUGCGGGGCCAGCUAUGGAGCAGGAAACUACGCUAUGUGUGGGAGAAGCUAUGAUCCUCGGUUCCUUUUUGCAUGGCCAAAUUCUCGUGUCUCCGUGAUGGGUCCAGAUCAACUCGCUGGUGUCAUGGAACAGAUUUCUCGCUCUUCAUUGAGCAAGAUCAGCGAGGAGGAAAGAGCGAAGCGAACUGCAGAGCUCCGGGCGAAGGUGGAGCAGGAGUCGAGUGCUUAUCACACUUCAGCACAUCUCCUCGACGACGGCAUCAUCGAUCCACGUGACACGAGGGAUGUGCUUGGUAUGUGUCUCGAGGUGGUAGCAGAGACUGGCAUUGUGGGCGCAGAGGGAUUCAGAGGAGUGAGCAGGAUGUGAGCUGCAUGUGAGGGGAACUUGUGCACAUUUCUUCAGAUAUAUAUUUCAGAGCUUUGGCUUCGUACGAUUCUU